CUCUCAGAGCUUUACACGGCGGCGGUGCUGCGCGCGGCCCUGAAUGAAGCGGAGCGGCGCUGAUGUGGAUUUAACGGGACCGGAUGCUGCACGCGCUCCCCCCGCUGUGUGUGUGUGAGUGUGUGUGAGUGUGUGAGUGUGUGUGAGCAGUAGGAGCCGUGUUUCCGGUGUCGGUGUGCUGGAGGACAGAGGAAUGUGGAGUUUACAGAAUGCCCGACAGCGGCGGAAAGAGAUUUAAACCCAGCAGAUAUAUCCCAGUGUGCACCGCGGCCAGUCUGCUGCUGGGCUCCUCCACGCUUUUCUUCGUCUUCACGUGUCCCUGGUUGGCGAACACUGUUUCUCCCCUGGUUCCUGUCUAUAAUGGCGUGGUGUUCCUCUUUGUCCUGGCUAAUUUCAGCAUGGCCACCUUUAUGGACCCGGGCGUGUUUCCUCGAGCGAAUGAGGAUGAAGAUAAGGAUGAUGAUUUUCGGGCUCCUCUCUAUAAGAACGUGGAGGUGAAGGGGAUUCAGGUGCGGAUGAAAUGGUGCUCCACCUGCCACUUCUAUAGACCACCACGCUGCUCACACUGCAGUGUGUGUGACAACUGUGUGGAGGACUUUGACCAUCACUGUCCGUGGGUGAAUAACUGCAUCGGUCGGAGGAAUUACAGAUAUUUUUUCCUCUUCCUGCUCUCUCUGAGCACACACAUGGUGGGCGUGUUCUCAUUCGGCCUACUGUUCGUCCUCAACCACCUGCAGAGUCUCAGAGAGCUGCACACCACCAUCACUAUGAUUGUGAUGUGUGUUACUGGUUUAUUCUUCAUCCCUGUUAUGGGCCUCACCGGGUUUCACUUAGUGCUGGUGGCCAGAGGGCGAACUACUAAUGAACAGGUAACGGGGAAGUUUCGGGGAGGCGUGAACCCGUUUACUCACGGUUGCUGCGGCAAUGUAAAACAUGUUCUGUGCAGUCCUUUAGCUCCAAGGUACAUGGUGGACCCCAGGAAGACGCCGAACAUCCAGGUGACCCCUCCGUUCCUGAGGCCCGUCCUGUCCGAGCGUAAUGUCAUCGUUAAAGUAAGCGAUAAUGGAGUUCACGCUAACAUCCUGAGGAUGAAGUCAAAGACGAGUCUAGACGGUUUGGGGGAGAAAAGUGCAGAUGUUCAGCCUCCUCUUCCUCCUAAAGCGCCUAAAGUUCACCAUCAACAUCCUCGUCAUCCUCAUCAUCGUCCUCCUCAGCAUCAGGUCCAGAAUCAGCUGACGUCCAGUGAAGAAAGUUCUCUGUCGAGUAAACCCACCACUCCAUCCACUCCCGCCAUGUACAAGUUCAAACCGUCAUUCGACACCAUCCCCAAAGUACACUACCACGCCACUGGAGAGAAGAUCUCUAUAUCUGAAGACUCUAAAUCGUCUGCCAUUUUGGAAGAGCGAGCUCACGAUUAUCGAUCGGAGCCCAACCUGGAUUUCCCGGAUUACAGUGGUGCCGAAGCUCCUUCUCUCCAUCGCCACUUCCUGUCGUCUCCGUUCCAGCUCGACUCGUACAGCCUGAAACACAGCAGCCGCAGGGACGAGCCUGUGAAGCUAGGGGGCGCCAAACCCGAGUCGGUCACGUCCACUCCUCACAGGGGCGUGUUCCCCGGAACAAUGUCCAGCCGGAAUGCCAGUCUGUCCUACGACAGCUUAUUAACCCCGAGCGUUGCCGUGGCACCUCCUGUGCCCUUCCACUCGCCCUACCUGCCGUCUAAGACCUGCCACAUACGACGUCCUGAAUUGCAGCACUAUCCCUUGACUCCAUACAGCCCUGCCCGGGUGGGGUACAUGUACAGCCGAGAGCGAGACGGAGACAGAGAUAGGGCUCCAUCUCCUGUCCGCUAUGAUAAUCUCUCUAAAAGCAUCAUGGCAUCCAUCCAGGAGAGGAAAGAACUAGAAGAGAGGGAGAGGCUCCUCCAUCGUCACGGUCAUGCCAAUGCACAUAACCACUCCCACAUUUACGCCAAUGAUUCCGGCGUCUUUGAUGCACAUUUUCCCGCCUCUAGAGGGUCUCGGGACGAGCUCACCAGGGUCGGGGUGAUGUCCUUCGGUCCUCGCGCCCUUCACUCCUCGGCGUCAUCGCUGGUCCGUGCUACCGGAGCGUCCACUUCCUCUCUGCGCGGCGAGACGGGAAAUUAUCGCUCGCCGACACAUCAGCCUCUUUCUCCAUCACUUUCUCCACGUUCUCCGUCCUUCUCUCAUCACAAACUGUCCUUCAUCAGCGGAGUGGAGAGAUCUGAAUCACCUCACCUGGGCCACAGGGAGGAGCUGAUUCGAGCGAAGGUUAACGGGCAGACGCGAGAGUGCCACCUGGUGUCGUCCUCCGGAACACCGCUCAGCCCGAGUGUCAAAAAAGUGACCGGAGUGGGCGGGACUACUUACGAGAUCUCAGUGUGACAGACGCCUGGAUUAGCCAAUCCGUACGUGAGGAAAUACUGCCAUGGCGACCGACACUACCACGGGUGACUGAGAAUGUCUUUCAGGAUACUGUAACCGACCAAUUAGAGCCUUUCUCACAGGGGAAGACGGGCCAAUUGGAGCAGGUCUUUCAUCGUUUUGGUCCAAUUAGAGGAGGUCUCUCACUGUCUACGGCUGCUUUUGAUUGGUGAUCACAGAAUCUCGGAGCUGAGACGUUACUGUGUGUGUGUGUGUGUGUGUGUGUGUGGGUGUAUAUAUAUGUGUGUGUAAAUUCAGGAAAUUUUAAUGGAUCCCUUUAUUCCAAAAGAAAAUUGGUUUAAAAAGCUACAAAGAAAAACAAUCCCCUCUGAAAAGGGCUGAAGUGUCUGUUAACUGUAUCAUUCAAUAAAAAGGUGCUCUGUGUGUGUG